AUGAAAGUUCCCGUCAUGACAAUUACAGCAUCUACAACAUCCACUACGACCGCUCCUAGCUCCACAAACAACUCAAAUAUGUCAUCCUCAGCUGAUCCAAGAUUACGGAAGAAGCCCUCUGCCAUGUCAUCCACUACUACAAAGCCAACUACUGCUAAAGCUCCCCUUCCUCCACCCACAACCCCAACAUAUCCCCGUAUGGCACAGCGUCCUACAGUCUCUCUCUCAAGCACCACGAUAUCCAACCCUACGCUUCACCCAAACGUAACAACUCGUUCACCUCGAUCGACGAGAAAACCCAGAGCAGACACCGUUUCCUCCGGUGUAUCCCAAUUGCACAUCCCCUCCCGACCACCCUCCGCGGCAGAUCUUCAGAGGCCAUCUAGCGCUACUGGAUCUCGAGUUUCCGUGAGAUCAGAAAGAUCAGAUAGACCAGACUCCCGCCAGUCACAGUACAGGUCCGAUUCUCGCCAGUCGCAGUAUGGAGCUGUCAGCCCCAAUCCACGGUUUUUUCACGCAAUCGAUGCGCGAAGUACAAAGCCAACGCCCAAGGCGCCGCCCCCCUUAAGGCACGAGUCCAGCAACACCGGAAAGUUCUUUUUUGCAAACAGCAUACAGACAUCAUCGCGAAGUUCGUCCCCAGCACCUUCGCCCCGAGUGCCCGGAAUUUCUCCUAUGGCCAUACUGGGUGAACCCCCUAGCCUUUCACCGUCACUUCCAAUUUUGGCGCGCUCAGAUUCUCGUGGUGGUGGUUCAGUUGUUGGCGCACGGUCUCGUCCCUCGUCCAUGGUGUCGCAAGGACCGUCGUUAUUUCCGGAAACCCGAAACCAUGUCAAAUUUGUAUAUGCAAAUGGGACGGAAGAAGUGCUGGAACCCAGAGGGUCGGAAAUGGGCAGGGGUUCGGAAAUUGGCAGAUCGGAACUUGGCAGGUCAGAACUUGGGCGAGGGUCAUCGGAAUAUAGUAGGGGCUCCGAACUAGGAAAAAGCUCGGAAAAUGGAUCUGUUUUGCAUUCCCCUCAAAUUCCAAGUUCACCAAAUGGAACUUAUUUUCCAUUUACGAAGCCAUUGUCACCCACGGCGUCGCCUAAUCCCAACAUUGCUCCAACCUCACCAUUUCAAAGACCAUCACCCCCAAAUCAUUCGCGACGGACGAGCCUAGAGGGAAUAGCAGCCCGACAUGGACGAACACUCUCGAUUAGUUCGAUCAUUGAUAUGGCGGAUCUCUUGGAGGAGGAAGCUUCUAAGGUGCCGGAAACCCCAGCCGAGAAAUAUGCGCGGCGGUCAUCAUCUCCCCCGGCUGUAAUCGCGCUAGCUCCACCGGCAAUGACCGCGAAGGAGCGAAUUGCAGCCAGGGAAGAGGCCGCUGCAAAGGCCCGGAAGGAACGACAGGUUCUCGAUUUGGAAAUUUCCAACGCCUCCUUGCUAGCGAUCAACAAAACACUCGAACGCCAAUUGAAGAAGCAGACAGCCGAGCUCAGAAGGUACCGACGGCUAUCGCGUUCCGGGCGUAUUCCAGCUUUGCCCCCCAAGAAGAAGAAGAAGCGGAGAGGUUCAAACGAGGAUCCGGAAGAUAGCGAAGGUUAUCAUGUGAAGGAUGGUAGCGACCUUGAUGCCGAGUACGAAGAUGGGGAAGAUGAGGAAGAGGAAGAGGAGGAAGAAGAAGAGGAGGACUCCGAUACGACCGGAGAAGACGGCAGCGUCGGGAAAGAGAAUUGUGCGGACGAAAAGAGGUUGAAGCUGGAUCUUUCCAAGCACCAGGAACUUUUGGACAAUUCUGCCAAAAUGAAUGCCUCUUUGAAAGGUUGUCAAUCAAUCGUUGACCAGCUCAUCAUGGAGGCAAAGAAGGCACUGGAAUACAAGAUCCGAGCAUCGGACGUCCACCUCGGAGGGAGGAUUCUGAGCUACGACGCGGAAGAGACGGAAACGGAAUUAGAGACAGAGGCGGAAGAGGGGACGGAUGACGGUCAUGACGAUGACCAGACGGAAACUGAGGAUGGGGAGGACUACGAUGAUGACGAUCUGGAUAGUGAGGAAGAUGAGGAUUUAGAGGAGAUGGAGGAGGUGCAUUUGCCGGAUGCCAAUGGGAUAGGUAAACCGAUAUACCUGCCUACACCCCUAGUGCAAACUGUCGACGGCUAUGUAUAA